AACAUGAAGCUUCUGUCACUGUCAGUUGUUAUCUUUUGUGCCUUACAAUGUCAAAAUGUCGUUGGCUAUAAUCCUGCCAAGUGUAAUGAUCCGAGAAGUAAUGGUGGGGCUUGCCGAAAACCUCCCGAGGACAAAUGGACCUUUGACAAGAUUCACCGAAAAUGUGUGGAAAUAGAUUUCUUUGGAUGCCCAGAUACGAGGAACAUAUUCGAUUCAAAAAGCGAGUGCGAAAAUACCUGUUGAUACCUGUUCGUUGGUGAAGGAAAGGCAAUUGAUUGUAUGUAAUUAUGUCUGUACCACGAGUCGUAUGCGUAAUAAGAGUAUUAAUUAAUUCAGA